AUGAACAAAAAAAGUUGCUUAAGAAAGAACGACGAUACAGCAACGACCUUUGACUUUUUACAAGACGAGAAUGUCACUAACCUUCUGGCACCGAUGAGUGAAAAUACGUUGACUUUCACAUUACGAAACUUUGAAGAUACCGUAACAAUAGAGUGUCUAGAAUACCUGGCCAAAGGGAUAAAAGUCGCUUAG